AUGAGUAGUAGUGCGCCCAGAAGAUCCAGAGACAAGAAUUAUCAUGGGAAGUUGAGCCCACAAGACACGCGAGAAAGAGGUCGACCUUCAAGCAGCAGCUCCCAACCCCCAGGAAAAAGAGACCAGCCCUCAAAAGAUGAAAAACAACCCCCAAGCAGCUCCCAUGAACCACGUAGACCACGUCGAUCAGAUGAAAAAAGCAAUUCCACAACCAUUCUCUCAAGCUCCCGUGGUCCUCACAACAGAAAGCAAUUACUAGGUUCCAAUCCGAUGGAAAAACCAAAGAAAGGCCCGACUGAAGAAGAGUCUCGACUAGCCUACGGGAAGAUAUUACAGAAGUAUGAUAAAUCUAUAGGGAUAGGCCUUUGCGUCGAAAUGGAUGUCAUCGUAGCAAAGUGGAAUGCAAUUUUCGAAAAAAAGUUUGAGGAUUGCAUGAAUGCGAAAAAGGAAAUAAAAAGAUUAUUGAUCGAUGUAACACCUGACGGCAGAUGGGAUGAAAAUUUGGCGGAGCAGGCACGGGAUGUAGUCCGUAAGGCGGGAGAAUUCGAUAUAAGUUCGGAGGUUCAGGAGGUUCAGAAGGAUACUAAGAUUCGGCAAGAUCAGGAAUUCUGCGAAAAUCUUCGUUAUCUAACAGAAGAAGAGUAUAAAAAUAUUGGAAUCGAGCGGACGAUGAGAAAAUAUAAAGAAUUAAAAAAUUAG